AUGAUCACAUUAGUUCUGGCAAUCAUUGUCCUUCUCUUGUGCCUCUACUUCAAGUAUGAAUACAGCUUCUGGUCCCGUCACUCAGUUGAAGGACCUGCACCAGUUCCAAUUUUUGGAAAUUUCCACGAAUACAUUUUGACUAAAAAGAGGCAUUUUUUCGAAAUUUAUCAGGAUAUUUAUGCUGCCUACCCAACAGCUCGAUAUGUCGGAAUCUACAAAAUGGGAAGACCAGCUUUGCUGAUUCGUGAUUUGGAAUUGGUUAAGGACAUUCUAGUCACAAGCUUUAACACCUUUAACAUGAAUGAAUUUGCCAUUGAUGCCGAUCUUGACCCAUUAAUCGCAGUCAACCCAUUCUGCAUCCCCGGUGACGAAUGGAAAGCCAAACGCUCCCAACUUUCUCCACUUUUCACUCAAAACCGCACAAGAGUCGCAAUUCCAUUCAUCAAUGGUGUCGCUAAAAAAAUGCUCGAAUACAUCGAGUCAGGUCCAGAAUCAUCAACAAUGGAAUUCGAUGUCAAGGAACUUUGUGCAAAAUUCACAACUGACAAUGUAGCUGCUGUGUCUUUUGGACUUGAUGGAGAGUCAUUUACUAAUCCUAAUGCUUCGUUUAGGAAAAUUGGAGAUGACAUCUUCAAGCCGACAUUUAUUAAUGGAAUUAAGCAGCAGAUUGUAUUGUUUGUUCCAUUUAUGGCAAAGAUUUUGAAAGUUCCGUUCGUGUCCAAGGAAAGUGACAAGAAGUUCCGUGAAAUUGUUCAACAAGUUGUUGACCAGCGUGAGCAGGAAAAGUCAAGACGCGAUGAUUUACUUCAAGUUAUUUUGGAUCUUCGCGAGAAGCAUGGAAAGGAAGAAUACAGUGACACUGUUGUCUGUGGACAUUCGAUGACUUUUUUGACCGAAGGCUAUGAAACCAGCAGCACAACAAUGUCCAUGACCCUUUACGAACUAGCUCUUAAUCCACAAGUCCAAAAACGAGUACAGCUUGAGGUUGACCAGCUUUUAACUGAAUCUAAUGGUGAAAUCAAUGAAAGAGUCAUUCUUGGCGCUGAAUAUUUGGAACAAUGCAUCAUGGAAACUGUUCGUCUUCACUGCCCAGUAUUUCAUUUAUCUAAAUUCAGUGUUCGUGAAUACGAAUUUCCACCACAAUUUGAAGGUUCUACAAAGUCACUGAAAAUGCCUGGUGGCACAAAUGUCAUCAUUCCUGUUUAUGCUAUUCACUUUGACAAAACCUACUUCCCAGAUCCCUUCAAAUAUGACCCAGACCGCUUUUCAAAGGAGAACAAAGACAACAUCCCAAAGUAUGCUUACUUAGGCUUCGGUGAAGGUCCUCGCAUCUGUCUUGGCAUGAAGUUUGGAAUAACUCAAGUUAAAGGUGGAAUCAUCGCCAUUUUAUCCAAAUACAAUGUCUUGAGACAUGAACUGACUGAUGUUCCAUUCAAGUAUGCAAAAUCAACUUUCAAUUUGCAGCCUGAAGAUAAGGUUAUGUUGAGAUUUGAAAAGAGGAAGGAUGUCAUCAAUGAGGAAUAA